AGAUAAUACAUUUAUUAAUAAAUAUAAAUUGCUAAAUGCUAAUGUAAUUACUAAUUUUCAUUUUUAAAUUUUUUUAAUAUUGUUCAUUACCUGGUUAUUUAGAAAAAAUGCUUGACAAUGACGGCAAAACACAUGAAAUGUUGUUGGAUGAUUAUAUUUCAAAUAUUAAAAGAAAGUAUGUGUUUAUAGUAUAAAAAUUAAUAUUUAUGGUUACAAUUUUUUUAGUUAAAUUUAAAAGGUAUUUCAGACUGCACUCUUAUGUUUUAAUUGAACAUUUUUUAAAAGUUCUACGAUUUAUAUUAAAAUGUAUUAGAUUAUAACUCAAAAUUUUCUCACAAGUUUCCCAUUACUUUCACUUUCUGUUCUGUUUGUGUGGUAUAUUUGAAAUACCAUUCCAACCUAAUUUUGAAAGAUGCUAAAAGUAAAAUGGAAAUUUAAUUCAUUACAUUUUUGUCCAACAAAUAUAUGUCCAUAAUUUAUCAAUUAUUAUCACUAAGUAGUAAUUUUAAUAUGUACCUGCGGCUCAAUCACAGAUGCAGUUUUUACUAAUAACGAUGUACAAGUUUGAAGUAUCUUUAUAAGAUUUUAGAUUCUGAGUGGAGCGAAGAAGCUUAUGGUUUUACAAUUAUGUUUAUUUUUUUCUGUCUGUAAACAACUUUUUGAUCAGAAAUAUUGCUCUGAUUUACAAUGGUAGCACUUUUUCUGAAAGGAAAUUUGACUGGGGAGGUAAUUUUUUUAUUUUCCCAGUUUUCCCAAUACAUGAGGAAAUAGGUAAAAUAUUAAACAAAUAUUAUUAAAGGAAAUAUUUAAUAUUUUUGUAAUUAUUUUGUCAUAAUAUGACAUAUAUAUUGUUGACAAAACUAAAUGAUCAAUUGAAUUCCACUCAGAAUCGUUUUUUUCGUUAGCAAUGGUUAAUCAUUGCUUACAGAUAUACAUUAAAUUUCCAUUUGUAUCCCACCUUCCCACCUACAACAGUGGACCACCCACGUGCGAAAUAUGUCUUAUCUUUUAUUAUGUUUAUUCCCAUAAUGCUGUUUAUUGUAUGCGUAUUUUUUUUUAUUAAAUUAAAUAAAAUUAUUAAUAAUUAAAUCUCCAACCAUACCUUAUAUACUGAUUUGAACAUUCCAACUAACUCCGAAGUGGCCGCUUCAUAUUCCAAAAUCUUUCAUCACGCAUUGCAAAUCAUCCAAGUUCCCUAAUACUUGUCCUUAAUUCUGAUAUCAGGUAAUCCCCCAAGAAGGCUAAAGAGAAUCUGGUGUCAGGAUUUAGUUUAAAGUAAAAAAAAAAAAAAAUAAUCAAGCCAAAGUGUUAUCGCUGGGUAUCUAAUUUUAGUCAAGUCACUCAUGUCAUCUUUAACAACAUUAAAAAAAAAAAAAAUUAUAAUAAUUAAGUGGCAAAUUAAGUGGUUAAAUAUUUAUUCAACAAAUCAAUUUGUUUAUAUUAAUUUAUACCAAAACUUUAAUCAAUUUUAUAAAUGUGUUGUAUUUUAGGAAAUGGGAUAGUAACUAUAUAAUUGCUAAAGAGACUGUUAAACUUUUUAGACAUUUUAUUAAUACAAUCCACUGGUCAACAACAAAGUGAGUAGUAUUUUGUAAUUUAUAAAAAAAUUUAUAUUUUAUACUUAAUAUUAAUUGUCCCCUCUACCUGUAAUCUACAUAAUACAUGACAGUUUAUCUCCAGUACUGGUCAAGUUAUAGAUGUUAUAGAUGUUUUAUUUUCAAAAUGUGUGUUUAGCUAGAUUUAAGGUAUUGAAUUAAAAAUGUCAAAAUGUGUAGUUCUUUUUAUUUUGGAGAUUUUACCAAAAAAAAAAAAAACUGUAAUUUUAAAAAGUUUUCAUUAUGAAGAUAAUGGUGCAAUAAGAAUUUUCAAUAAUUAAUAUUUUAGAAAUAAUAAAAUAAUAAUGUAAAAAUACAAUUUUUAAAUGAUUAAUAGGUACUUGUAUACAUAUGUAUAAAUUAUUUAAUUAUAGGUAUAUUUUAGAAAUGUUAGAAAUGUCAAAACUGUACUAAUAUUACUACAAAAUACACUAGUUUACAAUUUAUGUAAUUUUUUUUGUUAUUAAUCCAACACUUAAAUUUGUAAUUUUAUAUUACAACUUGAAGUUUUUUUUGAUUUAAAGUCCACAGUUUGUAAAUGUAAGGGAAUGUUUGCGGCUAUUCCCUUCCCCCAUAAGAGGGGGGCAUAUCCAUUCACUUUACAAUUGUUUAUGCCGCGUAUUAUGUAUAGUGACAUACUUAUGUUAUUUAAAUUGCCAUACCAUCUAAAAUAAUAGUUUCUGAAUAAUUCCGAUUGGAACAUCGUAUCAACAUUAAAAACUCUCUAUUUAAAAAAAUAUAUUGUGUUUUGAUGAAUUUUAAGUUUUAGUAUACUUAACUAACAAAAUUUGUUCACACAUUUUUAAAUUAAAAACCUUAAAACGUACAUUUAACCAAACUUAAUUUGUUCAUACUAUACAAAUUUAAUCUUUAGGUUGAUAUUUACAUUUUAUUAUUUAGUAUUUACUGAUAAUUUAUCAUCCAGGAGCAAGUAUUUUAUCAGCUUGAUCAGCAACUAGUAUAUCCAUUACAGUACACCAUUAUUCUUAAACUUUAAUUUUAAUUUCUGUGAACCUAAACUAACCUUCUGUAGAAUUUCAUGUCAUAUAAAUAAUAAUUAGUUGUAUUAUUUGUUUAGUUUUGUUAGAUUUUAUGUUUGUUUUUAAUUAGAGAACUACUAAAUCAUUUGAGAGAAUAUGGAAUGAAAAUUACUUCAGCUUUACCAUUACAAUUUAUUGUUGGUAAUAUGGUCAGGCGUAUAUUGAACAUUGUUAGAGAAGAAUAUACUGCUGCCAGAAAAGUAAUUAACACUUAAAUAUUUCAAUUUGAAGAAUAAUUAUAAAAUAUUAUUGAUUUUAUAUAUAAAUAGAGCUCAGAAGAAGAAAUAGAUAUUCAAGACUCAUUGCACAAAAUAGUUGCAUCAGAGGAUGAUAUAGAUGAUUAUAAUAAUGUUGUACCUGAACUUAAAUUAUCAAUUUUUGAACAUUUAGAUGAAUUUCAAUUAGAAAUAGAAUCUAGGUGAGCCAAUAAAAUAAGUUUUAGUUUAGCAACUAAUAUCAUUAAUUUUUUAGCAAUGAAGAUAUUGCGAAACAAGCCCUUGAACAUAUUCAUUCAAAUGAAAUUAUUCUCACUGUUGGAAAAUCAUCUGAAGUUGAAAUGUUUUUAAAAGAAGCAGCUAAAGACCGAACAUUUGAAGUAUUCAUUACAGAAUGUGCCCCCUUAAAUCAAGCAAGUUUUAAAUUUUAGAAUGUUAUUUAAAUGGUUUAUUUAAUUUGAGUAUCCUAUUAGGGUAGGCAAUUAGCAUUAAAUCUUACAAAAUAUAAAAUUCAGUCUACACUAAUUCCCGACUCCACGAUGUUUGGCAUAAUGUCCAGAGUGAAUAAAGUAAUCAUUGGCGUUGAUUCUGUUAUGGCUAAUGGCGGUCUUAGGACAUUUAAUGGCUGUCAUGCUGUUGGAUUAGCUGCUGCUCAUUACUCAGUUCCUGUAAUAUAUUGGUUUGAUCUUAUUCAUAUAUUUUGAACUGAUUAUUAAUUAUUAUUUGUUUAGGUGAUAGUUUUAGCGCCCAUGUACAAACUGAGUUCACGCUACUUGUGUUCAUAUAAUCAAGAUGCAUUUAAUGAAUUUGUUUCACCUGCUGGUGUUCUUAAUUAUUCAGAUUCAGUUGUAUCAAAUGUUGAUGUUUACAACCCUACAUAUGAUUAUGUUCCACCAGAAAAUGUGACUCUAUUCAUUUCAAACAAGUAUAUGUUUUUUUCUUGUUAUAACUUAUUAUCAACUAUAUUUUAAAAUUAAUUUUAAUUUUUUAGUGGUGGCCAUUCUCCUUCUUAUGUCUAUAGAUUGUUAUCUGAAAUUUAUCAUCCACUUGACUACGAUUUAUCUGUUAAUUAACAAAAAAUAUUGGAACUUAUUUAUUGGUAUGCUGUCAUGCCAGUAUUAAAAUUAAUAUUUUGAGUUUUAUUGUGCUAUUCAAAAUGUAUAAAUAAACGUAUUCAAUAAAUAUUUAUGUAUUUUUUCUAAUUUU